AUGGCGACGCAGGAGGCCGUGGAUCUUGGUCUGCAGCGGCUCGAGGGGGCCAAGACGCGGUGGUACUCGUACUUUCUGACCAAGGAGUUCUGGCUGGCGCUGCUGAUCGGGCAGGUGCUGGCGCUGUGCAUCACGGGGACCAACACGUUCUCGUCGCUGCUCGUCGCCAACAACGUGUCGAUCCCGGCCUUCCAGACCAUCUUCAACUACAUCCUGCUGACGAUCGUGUACCUCUCGUACACGCUGUACAAGUACGGCCUGCGGAAGUGGCUGCGCGUCUUCUGGCGCGACGGCUGGAAGUACUUUAUCCUCAGCUUCCUCGACGUCGAGGGCAACUACUUCACGGUGCUCGCGUACCGCGACACGAACCAGCUCUCGGCGCAGCUCAUCAACUUCUGGGCCAUUGUCGUCGUCGUCAUCGUCUCCUUCAUCUUCCUGCGCGUGCGCUACAAGCUGUUCCAGUGCGUCGGCAUCCUCCUCUGCUGCGGCGGGAUGGGCAUCCUGCUGGCCAGCGACUACCUCAAGGGCAUCAACAACUACGAGGGGGCCAACAUGCUGCGCGGGGACCUCUUUGCCCUGCUGGGCGCCACCCUGUACGGCCUGACCAACACCUUUGAGGAGUGGGCCGUCUCCAAGCGGCCCGUGUACGAGGUGCUCUCGUUCCUCGGCUUCUUUGGCAUGUUCAUCAACGGCGUCCAGGCCGCCAUCUUUGACCGCGAGUCCUUCCAGCAGGCAGAGUGGUCCCCCGCCAUCGCGGGCUACCUCGCCGGCUUCACCCUCAUCCUCGCCCUCUUCUACUCGGUCGUCCCCUUGCUCCUGCGCAUCGCCUCGGCCGCGUUCCUCAACAUCUCGCUCCUCACCGGAAACUUCUGGGGCACCAUCAUCGGCGUCUACGUCUUCAACCUCUCCAUCCACUUCCUCUACCCCAUCGCCUUUGUCCUCAUCAUCAUCGGCCUCACCAUCUACUUCCUCGCCGGCAGCCUCCUGGGAGAGUCCAAGAAGCCCUGGCUCGGCGAGCACCAGGAGCGCGGCGUCGCCGGCGUCGGCACCGCAAAGUGGAAGGCCCUCCGCGUCGCAAAGAAGCAGCACGGCGUCGUGACAUCCGCCGCUGCUGACGCCGAGGUGUAA